AGCAUUCAGCAUGCUAAUCUCGCGAGCUUUUCGAGGUUUUCCUUCCUAUAUUCUCACUUUUUUUUCUGAAAUUUAAUUGAUUACUAUCGAAAAUCGUGCAUCUAUUCUUGCAGCGUGGAACACCUAAUGAAUUUAUUCCUACGAUACUUUAUCCAUUCGUCUUUAUUCAUUCGCAGUUGAGUGUGCUAAUUGUGUUGACCACCAUGAUCUGACUUGUCUUAUCCUGGGCUCUAUCACCACCAAUAUGUGAACUUUUCGACGAUCCUGGGUCCAUAAGUAUAGUAUUUAGUCAGCAUAGUAUCCAGCGCAAAGCAUGACACCUCCUCACAGUGGCAUAAGAUCCAACCCUGGCACACCUCAAACUCAGUUGUGUGCCAAAAUUUUCAUCCAAAGAGACUACAGCGAAGGCACCCCUGUCAAAUUCCAAAAUGUAUUUCCUAGCGAAUUGGAAGAUAAGAUUGAAAGAUCUGCAUUUGAAUACACCAUCAAUCAGUUGAAUGCAUAUUUCGCAGAGGCUGAGACCGCAACUUGUAGCACUUAUUGCGAAGGCUGUUUAGCUUGUCUCACAGCUUACCUCAUAUUUAUUUGUACUGAAACCCAUUAUGAAAAGUGCCUGAAAAAAGUAGCCAAAUUUGUCUUGGAGCAAAAUGAGCACGUCUAUGUGCCCCGUGGACUCCUGCUUACAAACCCAGCGGAACGAGGUCUCAGAGUUAUUGAAAUUUCGAUACUAGAUCAACCGCUUGUGACAAGAACUUGACUUCCUCUCUCUGAAUCGACAGAAGAAUUUUUUAUGUAACUGUACCUUCCGCUUGCCCCGCAAGGGCAUCACCCCCGGUUGCCAGUCGAAAGAAACUGCUUCGUGGGUCUCAAAGCUGUCAGGUAUCCCAAGACUUAUUUCUCGCCCAAGUAGCUUCCCGUGUCAGCAGAAACAUUCUUCCUCCCAUCAAGCACUUGUAUAAUUCUCACCAAUGGUAAAUAUCUGCGCGUCGAAUCAUUCUGGGAUAGUACAGAAGAAAAGCUUUAGUCAUCACAGCUCUUUUAAUAUACCCCAGCCGUGUCAAAAUCAUUCUCUUGAAAGUUGGGUUCAUCAGGUCGAGCUGUUUCUGUAAUUUUUCAUCUAGCAGGCUGGUUAUUGAUAUCGAUAGGCAAAGAGAAAAUAGAGCAAACUUAUUGGAUGAAACAGGUGGCUGUUAUAAACUAAGGGGAAAGUGACGAACUAGCUGUAGGGUCUCUCGUAUUGCCAUUAGUUAGCCUAUUUCUGACCUCCUUCGCUCAUUGCAACCACCCGCUUUUACCAAUACGAUUGCUCCAUUUUCUCUUUGUUUAUCGUUUUGUCUAAUAAUCAGCUGAUUUUUUCUUGUAUUUCGUUUCUCCAAUUAUCUGUGACCACCUUUUUUGUAUUACUCUCUGACUGCCUGGCAGUGUAUACUUAGCAAUAACUACUUUAAAGUUGUACCAAGGAAUGAAUUGUUUAUGGCCUCAAUGGACUUUAAAAAGUUGAGCGAUAGGUGUACUGAUUGUUGUUAAUGUUGCAUUGAAAGAAGGUGAAAAUUCUUUAAGUCGUAUAAGAGUAUUGUUUCAGCUUUAUUUAUGCACUGAUUUUUUUUUACUUAUUUAUUCUUUUUUUUUUUUUUUUUUUUUUUUUUUUUUUGUCCUCAUAAGGUGAUGUGUGUUUUUUUGUUGCGUUAUUGGUGGGUCAGGGACUAACAAGAAAAAGACAAAUAGGGGGGGGGACAAGGGAAAUUUUUCAAUUUUUCAGAUUUCAGGGUUGAUAAUUAACAGGAUGAGGGGAGGACAUCGUAUAGUUUUUGGAGACCAAAGAGUAUCAGAGGAAAUAGGUUUUUUAACGAAAAACUUUCAAUUUUUUUCACAACUUCUUUUGAAAAAAUAUAAGUUGCCAAGAUUUCAAUCCCCAUUUCUUGUUCCAUGAAACAGGAAGAAUAAACUUAAAAGGAAUUUUUCUUCAUUUUGUAUUUGCUUGUAGCCUUGUGGCUCAUCAUGUGUACAUUAAAAGGGCAUGAACGAAACAAACAGAAAAGUCAGUAUAAAAAUGAAUUUAUUGCCGAUGAUUUGGACAAAGCUCAAAAACGGAAGCUACACUGUUCUUGCUCACAACCGUAAAAAAUUUGUUUUUUGUCAAGUCAAGCAUUUCAUAUACUUUUUAAACAAAUAUUAAUUUCAAUAUGCUGGAUUUUUUUAUGCUAAGCUGUCAUCAAUAACAUACAACUGCACCACUCAAAAUGAGAUAAGAAAAACUGUCAAAUUGGCUGCCUUGUAAGCAUUUGAACCAAUUUUAUAUCUUGAGCAAAAACACUUUCUCAAAAAUCGGAAAAGAAGGUCAGGAAUUAUUUUUGUAUUUUGUCCUUUUAUUUUGAAUUCAUUCUGUAUAAAAAUAUCUCAGACUCAAAUCUCUGCAUUCCAUUUAAUUUUUCAAAGAAUUUCGAAUUCAAUUUCCUCAGGGAUUGACUAGAGGCCGUGGCGCAUCCAAGGAACUGCAUUCAUGAUGUGAUAUUGAGUAGAUGAGAUAUUCAUAACUUCACCAGGGUAUUGUGUUAUUGAGUAGAUGAGAUAUUCAUAACUUCACCAGGGUAUUUCUAAAUUUGAA